AUGAUUCACACUCCCGCAACCAUACCCCCCAGCCGAAUGACACCCCCGUACAGCACCAACAAUUUCACCAUCCGUUUUAUCAUCGUGACUAUCAUGGUGAAGUUGGGUAUUCAGAGUCUCCGCGCUGGCUCAAUGCGAUGGGAUGAUGUGGCAUGUUUAUUCGCCGUGUUGUGGAUAUGGUAUUCCAACUUAGGGCCAUCAUUUGUUGUAUUAUGA